GCGACUCGCACCAGUACCCCCGCCGAGUGCGACGCGAUACCACGUCACAGUGCUGCUCGCCGGCACAACGGUGGUGCUGCCAUUGUAGAGAGAAACACAGCUCUACCAAUCAGUUACACUAUCCCACUUACCGACCGCUUACGACCUCCGAGAUUUGUGGCUGGUUCUGUGAUACUUUCGUGUUUACAGUGAUUGUGAGAAUAUUUAUGGAAUAAUUUUGUGUCAAUAGUGUUGUUGAAUGUAUAGUGCAUAAUGCAAUGACUCCGAAAUUGGAUUGCUUGGAUUUGUUUAGCUUACAAUUGAUAAAGGAAAGGAGAGUUGGAAGAUGGCGGGCGUAGAGAGGACGUGUUAAGUCAAAAUGGCCGUCGCCCACGCGGUCCUAGUAUUCCUAGCAUCCACGGCACAAGCCUGGAUGCCGGAUUCUAAUGCUCGCAUCCACGUCAAACAUGGCGAUGAAACUUCAGAGCAGUUCGUAGGCAACGCGACGGCACCAGACCACUUCCGUAUUUUAGACAAAGAUGACUUUUCCAUUUUAGUUGGUGGCAGAAACACAGUCUACAAUUUAAGUCUCUACAACUUGAAUGAAAAUGUUGAACAACGUUUACAAUGGCAGUCAACCGACGCCCACAGGGAGUUAUGUCAAGUCAAAGGUAAAUCAGCAGAUGAAUGUCAGAAUUACCCAAGAGUGGCAGCACGGUCGCAAGGACGUCUUCUGGUAUGUGGAACAAACGCCUUCAAGCCCCUAUGUCGAAAGUACGCAAGCCAUUCACCAAGUCAUCCGAUUGAAGAAUUCGAUGGAUCCGGCCGCUGUCCUUACGAUCCUCAACACAAUUCUACCUCGAUAUUUGUAGAUGAUCAGCUGUACACAGCGACAGCAGCCGAUUUUUCUGGAACGGAUCCACUUAUCUAUCGGGAACCAGUCCGAACAGAACGAUCAGAUCUGCGAUUGUUAAACGACCCUUCGUUUGUUGGAGCAGUUGCUUCCACAAGUCAUGCCUAUUUCUUCUAUAGAGAAACUGCUGUCGAGUACAUGAACUGCGGAAAGGCCGUGUAUUCAAGGGUAGCAAGAAUUUGUCUGAACGAUAAAGGAGGACCUCAUAGCUUUAGCGAUCGAUGGACAUCAUUUUUGAAAACACGUCUAAAUUGUUCCAUGCCUGGCGAAUAUCCAUUUUAUUUCGAUGAAAUCCAAUCUACAACAGAACUAAUUAGUGGAGAAUAUGGUAGUGGCAAUAACCGCAAUGACAUCAUUUACGCAGUAUUUACUACACCUCAAAAUGCUAUUGGUGGUUCAGCUGUAUGCGCUUUCGCAAUGAGGGACAUUAUGGAUGCAUUUGAAGGCGCAUUUAAGGGUCAAGAGACUAUUAAUUCUAACUGGUUACCUCUAGAAAAAGAAAAAGUACCUCAGACAAAACCGGGAUCUUGCGUGGAAGACAGCAGGACGCUCUCCGAUUCAACAGUUAACUUUAUUAAAACACAUCCACUGAUGGAUAAAGCAGUACCCUCGUUUCUAGCACGACCUAUUCUUAUAAGAGUAAGUCUACAAUACAGAUUUUCUGCUAUAGCUGUACAUCCUCAAGUUCAAGCUAUGAAUGGCAACAAGUUUGAUGUCAUAUACGUCGGUACUGAUGACGGUCGAGUUAUCAAAGGCGUAAAUGUAGCUUCUAACGAAGGCGUUUUCGAUAGUAGUGUCGAUGAGUACAGCAGAAAUCCUGUGAGAACGGCUGUUAUAUCUGAAGUACAAGUAUUACCUCAAGGAGUACCAAUAAAACAAAUGCAUAUCGCUCUCACAACAGAAAAGUUGAUAGUCGCGUCGGGCGACAUAAUAAAAGCUGUCACUCUGUCGCAUUGUGGGAACGUGCAAUCGUGCAGGGAAUGUGUUGCGUUACAAGAUCCUCACUGUGCAUGGGAUUCUAAGAUUCAACAAUGUUCAUGGGUUGGAAAUAGACAGUUUCCAAAUCCGGAGAGAUUUCUACAAAAUGUAGAAACUGGAAAGACUGAAGUAUGUAAUAAGCUACCAGCGUUAUCGACCGGUGAUCGACAUUCUAAUAGAAACCAAGGCACAAAAAAACUGUCAACUUCAGAAAGCGAAACACACAUAAAAAGUGAUGACAUUCAGAAUGAAAUACUGAUUGAAGUUGUAGAAACAAAUGUAUUAUCAGAAGAAAAAAGUACCACCAACAGUAAACACGAAACAGAUUUGCUGACGGUCGAAGCAGCCGAUGGCAAUAUAUACAGUGCACAAGCUUUAUUCACAGCAGUAGUAACAUCGUGUCUUGUUACACUUAUGGUGGGAUUCGUUAUAGGAUAUUUGUUUUCGCGACGAUUUCGUCAUCCAUUUCUUGCCGAUACCUCACCAUUCAAUGAACAACAUAAUCGUUUAAACAGAUUGAGCGCAUUAGAAACACCAUUAAAUGCAAAUACGGCGUACAUGCCACCGAGAUCGAAAAACGUGAAUAUGGUGGCAAAUGUUUGUCCCAUUACGAAGCAAGACAAUUUACAUCUAGAACUCGGGAAGGAAAGAACACUCGACCUCCGAAAUUCCACCGAAUCCCUUGACAAGGAUCUCAAGUGCGGUACUUUACAAAAAGUGAAAAAGACUUAUAUUUGAAAUAUACCUAAACAAACUGUGUAUGGAUCCAUAACAGAGUGAUAAAAAAAACAUGAACGUAACGUGUGUGCCAAUCUACCGAGGAAAUCGGCUACGGCAAUGUAUGUGUUGUGUGGACGUUUUAAUGACUGUAAAUAUUGUAUCUUUAACUUAAUGUACAGUGUCGAUUAUCUAUGAAGAUAAAAGUAUCGUAAAUAACGUUAUCUGAUACUCCUUACUCAAAAGAAAAUUGCAUUUACGAUGGAUUUGUAAUGGACCUUCUAGAGUACUCAGUAUAACUAGUUAAUACUAAAGCUGAUAUGUUUUUCUUAUAGUAGAUACAUUUUAUACAAUAUGUUAAUCAUUUAUAUUGGACAUAUUUUAAGAGCUAUCAAAAAUUGAUCGAAGCCGUAGAUGUUUUUUUAAACAGCUUUAGUAUUAUUUGACAUUCCAUAAGAAUAUUUUCUAGAUUAGCGAGGUGGUUGAGUGCUGUGUAAAUAUAGUUCAUAUUUGUAAAUACAUAGUUAUAACCGGCCAACGGGCUCAAGGAACAGGUUUGACGUAGUCAAACUCGAGACGUGAAUGUCUAAACUAUGAUGAUCAGUCCAAAAAAACUGAACAAGUACAGUACUGUUAGAGGAUAAUGGAAAUUAAGUAAAUAUAAAUAAUUAAGGAGCAAAAUCGCGUUUGUGCGCGUAUUCCCGAGGGUCGCGGGUACUAAUGUAGGUAAACCUACGACUGAAUAAAAUUCGACUAUGUUGUAAAUGAAUUUCGAAUCAAAAAGAAAUAAAGCCGUAAUAUUAUUUAUAUGAUACAACUGGUUAUAAAUUUUGUUAAUGUAUAAAAUCAUUAUAAUAGCAUAUUACUGUGCUAAGUGCAUAGUGCCUUGUAGGUUGCCAAUAUAGUGCCUAAUGUUAGAAUACAUCAGGACAAAGAAUAGGAUAUUAUAAAGCAAGCAAUGCUUUCUGGUAUAUAGUUGUUGACGUUUGAAUUGCUUUAAAUUGGGAAUAUUUAUUGUGUAGAAAUGUGUCAUAUUUAUGCACAAUAUACUUACAUAUGUACUAUCUGAUAUUAUCAUAGUUUGGUUAUAACUUUUGCUAUUUUAGUAUCUUACAACUAUUCCAGUUCUGUUUUAUGACUUACAAUGUGAAUUAAAUUGUUAUUAGGCUGAAGUAACCACCAGAAACAAAAAAAAUCAAUUGUUCCCACCGUAUAAUCAAAGCCUUUUAAUUUAAGCAAAAAUUAUAAUCUUUUUUGUACAUAAUUGUAGUAGAAAAUUACACCGUUUAAGUAAAUUCUUAUAAAGUGCUUAACACCCGAAACCCACUGGAAGGACAACACGGCAGGAUAUGCUUUUGAGUCUCUACAUGCAAGCGAACACUGACUGAAUAAUUAUUAAUCAGCGGUAUCUUUAGGCACACGGAAGCAUCAAUAACCGUAUCGGUUUGUUUGUGGAACUACAUACUUAUUACUAAAAUUCCAACUAUAAUAUUGUAACAUUAGAGUUUAAAUACCAUUUGCCACCUUAAAAUCCCCUUCUGAGACUACCCGUCAGUGGUUGCCGGGUUAAUAGAGCAAAUAUUUUCAAACUUAUUUUUAUUUUGAAACAAUGAAAUAAUAUAUUUUAGAUAAUAAAUAGCUACUCGCUCCUUCAAACUUUAGUAAGCAUUAGUUACCCUACGUCUAUUAAGAUCCUAUCCUCGAAACUACUGGGUUUUAUUUAGAUUUUUUGCCUAUAUUAAGUAUUCCUCUGGAAAAGGUAUUUUGAUUUCGUUUCCUAGCCAUUAGUCUCAUAUAGUUUAAAAAAAAGUGCAGUUCUAUGAGUUACGCUAUUAUUAGAAUUACGUUGACAGUCGGAAGUAACAUAUUUUGAUCCUUUUGCCACAAAAACAUUGAUGGGCAUUGUUAACAUGCUUUUAUUUAUAACGUUUCUAAAAUUAAAACAAUUUUCAAUGUUAAAUAAGUAUGUUUAAUGAUAUCUAAUAAUGUAAAUAUUAAAGGUUUUGUUAACAAUAUUAUAAAAGGUCAAUGAAUGUCAUCUUUAUAUCCUUAUUUCACAGUGUUAUUCUCAUAUAGAACUCUCGGUUCUCGUUUAAAUCUUUAUUAUGCUAUAUACUCCGAUGAAGGACUAAUGUAGGCAAAAAAUCAAAAUACAAACUCAAUUGAAUUCAAAAAUGGGAUCCUACUAAACGGAGGGCAUCUUUGUAUUGUAAUUUAUGCAGACUUGUGUAUAUGUUUUUCAAAUAUUUUUAUUUAUAUUUUUUACAUUUCAAUAAACCAAUUUAAUUAUG